AUUGUGUAACAGCAAAGUUGACCUUUUUUCUCAAAGACUUCUGGUCCUGGAUACAGCAAGAUUUCCUCCGUUGUUUACGGUCUUUUGGCAAUAAAUACACUCACUAGUGUUGAUUUGGCUUAGUAAGAACUCAGACAUGGCUCAGCAGGAUUACAAAAUGCUCUGUGACAAAUUGUUCACAUACAAAGGAACUGUCUUAACUUUGGGCUCGGAUCAUGAUCUUACUCCAGAGUAUAUUGACAGUUUAGCGGAUUUCGAAACAAGGGAUGAUGAUCUCUAUGUUGUUACCUUCCCAAAAUCAGGUACAGUAUGGACUCAACGGAUCAUUACUUUAAUAUACGAGGAAGAUUUCCCUGACAAAGCCAAACAAAGCACAUACGAGCAGAUGCCCUGGCUAGAAUAUCGUUUAAAGGAGGAAGAUUACAACACACGUCCGUCUCCAAGACUCUUCUGUUCCCAUUUACUCCAGCCACUGAUGCCCAAAGCACUGCAAAGAAAGGGAAAAAUCAUCUACGUCAUGAGAAACCCUAAAGACGUCAUGGUGUCAUAUUUCCAUUUUUCCAAGAACAUGAAAAAUCUGGAUUCUUCCGAGAGCAUGUACGAGAUGCUGGAAAAAUUCUUCACAGGAUGCAUGAUUGGUGGCUGUUGGUUUGACCAUGUUAAAGGAUGGAUCACAAAUAAAGACAAAUACAACAUCCUGAUCCUUACUUAUGAAGAAAUGAUCAAGGACCUCAGAUCCGUCAUUGUGAAAAUCUGCGAGUUUGUGGGAAAGAAUCUUUCAGACACAGCGAUCGAUAAAAUGGUGGAGACAACCACGUUCAAGCACAUGAAGAAAGACCCCUUGGCCAACUAUGAAUUUCUUCCUCAAAAUAUCACAAACAAUCCAAAAGGACUUUUUUUGCGCAAAGGAACAGUUGGGGACUGGAGGAACACUUUAACCGUGGCUCAGAGUGAAUAUUUUGACCGCGUCUACCAAGAAAAAAUGAAGGACAUACCUCUUAACAUGGUCUGGGACAUCUCAGAUUUGCAUGGUUGAAAACUCAAGUUGUGUCAUCCAUUUUAAAAACUAAUAAAGAUAUAACACUAUCACAAUAAUAAAAGGAAGCCAUAAUGUGUGACUAGAUGUCACAACCAUAUCAAAACAAAUUACAGAUAAUAAGCCUUGAUGGAGAUUGAAGGGACAUUAUUAUGAACAUUAUGUAAAAUAUGGAAACAAUAUGAAUUUACAGUAUGUAAUUUUCACCAAAUUGAUAUUUAAUAGGCUAAAUAUUUACGUUUUUCAUGUUGUAAAUGUACAAAUAAAUCUGGCUGUUAGCUUGUAUUAAAUGUUGGUCAAUGUAAAUGUCAAAAUUAAAUGACUAUAAAACCUUGAAA